AUGGGAUUUCGUGUCGUGGUCAAGGCGCCCGGUGGUCCGGGAGGGAAUAUCGCCACAAGGUUUGUGUUUGAAUCAAUUGCUUCCCGGCUUGGCACUCAUCCGGAGAUAAUGAAACUAUACUGUGGUGACGCACGCAUCCGCUUCGGUGAAACGGUACCUUACGAACAGGGACUGCCCCCAGGCAAAGGGCGGCUGUGGGUCGACGUGCGUUUUGAUGAAGACAGAAUUCCGCUCCACCUGCAGACGUUGCGGAGGGAUGACCAUCUUGUCCGCUGCGUGCAGGUGCGUGCGCGGUUGGGCCCCAUUCGCCCCGUCGAUCUGGUGGCUGCCCGUCGGCGCGGGCUGAACUUUGAUGAAGCCAUCAAAGAAGUGAGGCAAAACACCAAGAGCGAGGAUAUCAUUACGGUGGCGAUACUUCAUGAAUCAAGAGGCAUUCGUUUGCCGUUUAUAGGCGGCUACCGUGCCAAGAAGGACCACUCACGCGUCUUUCUCCAUGCGGCAACGCAGCUCACAUCCCCUGGCGACACCUCUCUCGCUGAUCUGAAGCAUGGGCCAAUUCAGCGUGACCGUACCACAAGAAAAACGCAGACGUAUGGAGUGUCGCGGAGCUGCCAGACACUGCGGGAGUGCAGUACGCAGACAUCACGCCCUGACUUUGAAGUUGACGAGAAGUUUGACGAUAUCGUCGUAGCAAAACCUUACUUCUCGUCAUCGGAGCUGCUCGAUCUGCAAACGGAGAAAGCCGUUGUAAUACAGAAGAUGUAUCGUAAAUGGAAGGCGCGUUGUGUCUAUAGAGAACUAGCCGCAGAGCGCCAGAGCCUCCUCGACAGGGCAGCCGCCCAAGCUGCCGCAGAAGAAGACGAGAAGCGACGCAUCGAAGAGUUCGAACGCCGACGUCGUGCGACGCCUCGCACUGCUGAUGACUUUGCCACGCUUCGCCGUGAAUUGGUAUCCUGGCGCGCGGCGGAGGCAGCCCGCAUUCUUUCCGACAACAAGCUUAGCGAGGUGGAGAAGCGUACCGCUCUCACCGAACUCACCAAGAAGGAGCUACAACUUCUAAAGGAGCUUGAUACACUCCACCGCGACGCCACACGGAGCCGCCGCACGCGUCGCUUUGAAGACAUACUUGCUGUGAUGACAGCAGCCAAGGAGUGUGGAGCAGUUUCGGUCACCACGCAGGCUGCAGAGCGUGCACGUGAGCUGCGGCAACUGUACUUGGCCUUGACGGAAGCGCCGUCCUCGGUUGAGGCGCGCCUUGAUGUGCUGCUUCACAUCAAGUGGACGGUAAAGGAGUUUGACGUGCCCCUCACACAGCAAAUUGCGGAGCUUGUGGACCGCGAAUCGGAUUUGCUGCACCGUGGUCGUACGGCAUGUUCCCUCAAGGGACUGCGCGUUCGCCUGGAGAAUCUGUUCAAGCGCUUUAUUGCUACCCCAGAAUACAAUCCUGCGGUGGAUGAGGUUGUCAAGGGUCCAAAGUUUGGCUUGCUCGCUGGAAGUGAAGCUGCUUCCGCUUUUGCGGUGUCGCGCCGUUUGAAGCCAUCACACGCAUCGUAA